AUGAUUACGGCCAACCAGUUUGGCUUCAACCUACCGCACGAAUGUCGGGUCACUCUGAUUCCUUCAACAACUCACCCUGGGACUCACUACCAGAACCAUGGAGUGCAAGCAAGCCACCAGAGUCUUGCUCCCCUAGUGAGCUCACCAGCUCCUCCUUCAUUUGAGAAGGACUGGGUCAAAUCUGGAUCAAUUGCUCGCAUUCAUGACCGCGAUGAUGCGGAGACAUGGAAAGGAUGGAAGAGAUGGGUCUUUUUCCUGGUACCAUUUCUCACAUUAGCCAACACCGGAAUCUACUUGUUCUACCUGGGUCUGAGAAUCGCCUGCAUCAUUUUGGCCCAAAACGAUGCUCAUGUCUCAUAUGCUGGAGCUUGGGUCUUUGUGGCCAUUGAAAUCGCUGUUUCGAUCCCCUCCCUCAUGCACAACUGCUGGACUAUGAUGGCCUUGAAGAAGAGAGGCCGCGCCAAGCUGAGAUUGACCGGUGUUGAAUGCCCUACGGUAGAUGUGUUUAUCACUUGCUGUGGAGAGGAUGACGAGGUUGUUCUCGAUACCGUCCGUGGUGCAUGUGACCAGGACUAUCCCCGCGACCAGAUGAGGGUCAUUAUCUUGGAUGACGCCCACUCCCUCACCCUUGAAGCUGCCUGCAACCAACUCGCCUUGAACCAUCCCAAUGUGAUAUACAUGGCUCGUGAAAAGAUCCCCGGAAAGCCCCACCAUUUCAAGGCCGGUAACCUGAACUAUGGUCUGGACCAAACCAACCUUUUGCCUGGAGGCGCCGGCCAGUUCAUGGCUGCCCUCGAUGCUGAUAUGAUUCCCGAACAAGACUGGCUUCGCGCGAUUCUUCCCCACUUGCUGGUGGAUCCCAAGAUGGCCCUUGCAUGCCCGCCGCAGCUUUUCUACAACACCCCUGCAUCCGACCCGCUGGCUCAGAGUCUGGAUUUCUUCGUGCAUGUUAUUGAGCCCAUCAAGGACGCACUCGGUGUGGCUUGGUGCACAGGAUCUGGUUACGUCGUUCGACGCGAGGCUCUUGAAGAGAUUGGCAAUUUCCCGCUUGGUUCGUUGGCUGAAGAUGUUGCGACCUCGACUCUCAUGCUUGGCAGAGGAUGGAAAACCGCAUACAUCCACGAGGCUCUUCAAUUUGGUACCGUGCCGGAAGACUUUGGUGGACAUCUUAAGCAGCGUACGCGAUGGGCAAUUGGAACUGUCGACACAGCUGUCAAGCUCAAGUUUUGCCUCUGGGGUGACGCCGUUCGACAGAUGACCUUUGCUCAGCGUUUCUCUGGCUUCCUCUACGCAACUCUCAGUGUCUACACUCUUCUGCUGACUAUCUCCCUCUUUGCCAUCCCGGUCAUCCUCUUGUGGGGCAAACGCCUCGUCGCAUUCGCGACUGAAGAGCAACUCCGCUGGCUAAUCUGGGCCUGCUUCGCCGCAACCAUCUCCAACCGUCUCUGUGAAAUGGCCCUGUUCAUCCCGGCCGGCUACCACACCGGUCAACGAGGCUCCCGCUAUCAACUUUGGAUGUCGCCCUACAUCGCUCUCUGCAUUGUGCGCUCCUUCUUCCUGCCCACCUGGUUGGGUGGUCAGACUCAAGCCUUCAAGCCAACGGGUUCUCUGGGCUCAGCUCUGAACGAGCGUGACCCAAAGAAGUCCAAGAACAUGUUUGUCCGCCUGCGCGUGAUCCUGCUCAAUUACAUGGCCAGCUUCCACCUUGCCUUCGUCUAUGUCACCCUUAUUGCGGUCGUCAUCUCCUCCUACCGCUGCUUCAACCAGAAUAAUGGCUUCAGAGAUAUCAUCCUGUGCCUCAUCACGCACGCUUUCUGGCCUCCGUUGACCUUCCUUUUCAUCUGCACUUCACUGUGGACCCCGGUCUCCUAUGCGAUCGACCCGCCGAAAAUGCCCGAACGUGAGGAACUGCUGACGCGCGACCCCAAGACCGGUGUCGCGCACCCGACCAAGAAGAGUAAAAAGAUCGCCUUCGGUGGCCAGGCUGCUUGGUUCGAGCUCGAAUACACGGUUGCCACCGUAGCCACGAUUUUGGUAUUCGUCUACUCGUUUAUUUUCUAA